AUGGCAGUUUCAGUAGCCAAUUACCAAAGUGACCCAACGCAAGGAAAGCUAACAACCCUAGUAUACGAUGACGAGAAUGUCUCGCUGGUGAAUUUUCUACCGCAACAUCUUCCUCUUUCAAUAUAUGAAAAUAUUGUUGCACAACAGACUACAACUACGACUGGUGCGAAUAUUGGAAAGCAGACUACAAUACAAAGUUCGUUGCCAUUAACUGAUAGAAUUACUAAUGGUGGCAACAUUGCUAGCCGGCAUAGCAUGUAUCUUAGCAACGAGAUUCACAAUCAAUCUUCGCGUAAAAUACGGCGGAGAGCUGCUAGCUAUAUCGAGUAUAGUGAUAGUAAUCAUAUUCGUACUACUUUUACUAAUAAUAGACAUAAUUCAAUGCCAACACCACAAAUUUAUGAAGAGACUUAUAUAGGAGCACAAAUAAUAGAAGCAAUACCACAAAAAGUAGAAAUUGUUACAAGGGCUGCUGCUCCACAGCAAUCGGUGGAAACUGAAGUUGUUGGAAUUGAUGGAGAAAAAAAUCGGGUAAAAGAUCAGCAGCAAUUAUCUUCGAAACCACAACGUACACAAUCUACGAAUAAUAAGAGUCAUAGUCGAGGAAGAUCUACUGAUAAUAUUAGGCGUCGAAGUGACGGCGUGAUAUAUAACAAAAAAAAUAGGAACAGCAGCAAUAGCAACAAUAGUAAUCGCUCUUAUAGUAGCGAUCGGAAUGAUGUUGAUUCUGAACGGGCUCGGCCUUCAUCAAUUUCAUCUGCAAAUGGUGACACUGGUGUCAAUUUUAAAAAAAAUUAUGCGCCAAGGCGUAGAUUUAAUACUGCGCCAGCUUCGUCUUCUAAGCGUCGUACUUUUAUUGAUAUCUCAUCUUUAUUCAAGAAUGAUAAAAAAGAAUCAUCAGAUCAAAAUAAAAAUACGCAACAAAAGAAUACAUCGUCAACAUCAUCUUCAUCGUCAUCAUCCUCUUCAUCAGAACAACGCAGAAAAAAGAGGCAAAGUGAACGAAAGAAGAAACGUAUUUCAGAUGAUUUAAAGGAUGUUUCUUUCGCUAAUGCUGAGACAAUUACCAAUGAUGAUUUUGAUGAAAAUGAAAUAAAAAAUCAAGAGAUGGGCGGAAGUGCAGGAGUAGGAGUAGAAAAUAUCAUACCACCAAGGUCUUCCUCGAUACCAACCGCAGUCGAAUAUCAUUAUAGUUCAGCACCUCAGCAGUUGCAUUUAAAUCAGUUUCAGCAAUUACAACAAUCGGAUCAACAUCACUCACCUGUUUAUCCUCAAUAUCGAUCAGAUAAUAUUAAUAAUGAAGUUUACACUGAAACUCUUGAAGAUCAUGAAGAUGAAGAUGAUAUACAGGCUCAUCGACCAUUUUCUCUCCCUCCACCGUCAAAACAGAGACCUACUUUGAAGCGUCUUAGUGCACCUACUUCCAUUAUAAAGAACAUCAACAGCAAUAAUAACCUUACUUUCACAACUUCGCCUGUAUCCUACGAUCCCCAAGCUCAAAAUAAUCCAUAUUCAAACCAUCUUUUCCAAGCAUCUCAUUCGGUACCAUCAUUGGCCGCUAUUCGAGAUACUGAUGUCACUCCUUCACCUUCCACACCUUCUCUUAAACGAAUUCAAUUCUCUUCAACCAUAUUUAUCCACGAUACUUGGACAAAAGAAGAUUACGAUCGUCGUGGCGAUCAGACAACUUGCAAUAAAUUGACACCUAUGCUAGCGCAAAGAAUCAAGCAGGAAUUGAAUGAAUAUAAAUUGAGUGAAAUGCCAGUGCACGAAGAAAGUAAACAAAACACUCAUUUUUUCGCAUAA